AUGUCAAAAUUGUCAUUUUCAUUGUUUUAAUCUUUGGUUUUAAUUUUUGUUCUCUGUUCUGAGAUUUUCUUGUCCAAUUUGAAAGAUUUCCAUUUUAUUUAUUCCAGAAAUUAAGUAAAUCUCCCGUUAUUUUAUUUCGUUUAUUAUUUAGGAUAGUUAAUAAUCAUAUUAGUUCCAAUUAUAUUUUGUAGCUGUGAUUAUAAAUUUGUAUAUUAUUACGUGGUAAUGGAAGGUCAUAUAAUAAAAGAAUCUUACACAUGUAUUUCAUGUCGUGUUGGUUUUAAGGAUCCCGAACUACAAAGAUUACAUUAUAAAUCAGAUUGGCAUCGAUACAAUUUAAAGCGUAAAGUUGCAGAGUUACCACCUGUUACGUCCGAGGAAUUUCAAUUAAGGGUAUUCAACCAGAGAAAUGCAGAUGAAUUAUCUAAACAAGAUUACAAUAUGUAUUGUCAAGUUUGUAAAAAGAAUUUUAGGAAUGAGAAUGCAUUUAAUAAUCAUUUGAAUUCGAAAAAACAUAAGACCAAUGAAAAACACUUUGUUCCUGGGAGUGAAACUGUCAAGGAUCAAAAUGUGAAUGAUGAAGCAAUGUCAUGUGAUUCUGAGGAAUUAGAUUCAGAUGAAUGGGAUGAUGAGAUUGAGAAUCCAAUUGAUAACAAUGAUUGUUUAUUCUGUGUGGAACACAGUCGCAAUUUUAUAUCGAACUUAGAACAUAUGACUAUUAAGCAUUCGUUUUUUAUACCUGAUAUUGAAUUCUGCACUGAUGUUGAAGGACUGUUAAGGUACCUUGGUGAAAAAAUUGUACAAGGUUUUAUGUGCCUGUGGUGUAAUGAGAAAGGUAGGACUUUCCACUCAGCAGAUGCUGCCAGGAAACAUAUGAUUGAUAAAGGACACUGUAAAAUGAUUCAUGAAGGUAUAUCUUUAGCUGAAUAUACGGAUUUUUAUGAUUAUUCCUCGUCAUAUCCAGAUGCAGAAAAUGAAGAUGUUAAUCCAGAACAAGACGUUUCAGUACCCGAAAUUGAUGGAUCAGAUUAUCAAUUAGUAUUGCCUUCUGGCAUAACUGUCGGUCAUCGUAGCCUCAUGAAAUAUUACAGACAAAGUAUCAAUCCGAAUAAGGCAUUGGUAGUGUCAAAUAAGAAUGACAAAAAACUGCAUCAUGUUUUAGCCAGUUACAAGGCUUUGGGAUGGACUGCAACUGAUCAGAAAGCAGCAGCAAAGAAGGCAAGAGACAUACAUUAUUUGAAACGGAUGCAGUCAAGGUACAUGAUGAAACUUGGCGUAAAAAACAAUAAACUACAGAAGCAUUUUAGACAGCAAGUCAACUUUUGAAGCGUUUUAUAUUUUAUAUGUUUCAAAAUAAAUUUAAUCUACAAC